AUGUCACUCCUCACAGACAAAGACUUUGUGGAAGGUUUACCGAGUGCUUUGGAUCUGUUUACUAUGCCCCCAUGCCAAACGAGUGUGUUUCAACAUUACUACGUAGAUGUUAGACCUGUUAGUCAAAUUACAGAUUCGUCACCAGUAGAAUUUCAAAUUGCAAAUAGUGGAAUUGAUUACGUGGAUUUGAAACGAAGUCGUUUACAUGUUAAACUGAAAGUGAGUCAUUCCGACGGAACGGUUUUGGGUAAGGACGAACAGGUGGCACCAGUAAAUUUAUUCAUGCAAGCUCUGUGGUCGCAAGUCGCUGUGUAUUUACAAGGCCAGCUGGUGAGUUCGGCGAACAAUCAUUAUCCCUACAAAGCAUACAUUCAAACCUUACUGAAUUAUGGAGCAGAAACUAAACAAUCGCAACUCCAGUCUCAACUGUUUUACAAGGACGUCGGAGAGACACAAGCAGAUAUCGAAAGCACCGAUCCUAUCACUGGUACUAAUUCUGGAGCAUCGGAUCGAGAAGCACACAUCGCUGUCAGCAAAACUGUUACCAUGGAAGGUCCCCUGUGUGAAGAUAUUUUUAACAUAGGAAGAUAUCUGGUGAAUGGGGUGGAUAUGACAGUUAAGUUAUUUCAGAGCUCCAUACCCUUUUGUUUGAUGUCUGGGAAGUCGGGUCAGGAGUACAAGAUCGAGCUCUUAGAUAUUUACUUCAAGAUAUGUAAACUGAAAAUGAACAGUGCACUUAUUUUAACGCACAACAAGCUGUUUGAAAAGUCUAACGCCUUGUAUCUGUUCACUAAAACCGUAGUUAAAAUGAGCAGCAUCCCUUCGUCUCAGCAGAGCUACGUGUGGGACAGCGUGUUUCAGUCGCAGUUUCCCGGCAAACUGGUUGUCGGGUUUGUCAACGGUGACGGCGUAAGCGGAUCGUAUACAAAGAACCCGUUUAAUUUUCAGAGUUCGUUUGUAAAAACGGUGGCGUUAUAUCUGGACGGCGUCAGUGUUCCCGGUCGACCAGUCGAAGCAGACGACGUUAGUGCCUACGUGAAUUUGUUCGAGGGAGUCAGCAGAUGGGGUCAAGACACUGGAAACUACAUCCAAAGAACUGAAUUUGAGCUUGGAAAUGGUCUGUUUGUGUUCAGUCUCGAACCCGUUUUCGUGGAUUCUGAUUAUUUAAGUUUGCUUAAGAGUGGUAAUUUACGGUUAGAAGUACAGUUUAAAUCGGCUUUGACAAAAACCGUCAGUUGUAUCGUGUAUGGUGAAUUUCCUAGCCUGAUUGAAAUCGACCAGACCCGAAACGUGUAUGUCAAAUAA